UUUCAUUCUCUGGCUCCAAUGUACUACAGAGGUUCAGCAGUAGUUUACGAUAUCACCAAGCAGGAUUCAUUUCAUACUUUGAAGAAAUGGGUGAAAGAGCUAAAAGAACAUGGUCCUGAAAACAUCGUAAUGGCCAUUGCUGGAAACAAAUGUGAUCUUUCAGAUAUCAGGGAGGUUCCUAUGAAGGAUGCCAAAGAAUAUGCAGAAUCUAUAGGUGCAAUUGUUGUUGAAACCAGUGCUAAGAAUGCUGUUAACAUUGAGGAACUCUUUCAAGGAAUAAGUCGGCAGAUUCCACCCCUAGACCCUCAUGAAAACGGUAACAACGGAGCGAUCAAACUCGGGAAGCAGACUGCACAGGCGGGUAGGCGGUGCUGCUGACCCAGCUUGAUCUCUCUUGAUUUACUUGAAAAACAGCACCCUUUGCUUUCUCCCCGAGAAAGGACUUUGUGAUCUCAGUGACGUGGCUCCUUAUCAUGAAAACGGCAAUAUCAACACUCCCAAUGAGUAAUAAUUCAAGGAUCAGAAGCAAAGCUUCACUUCAAAGGGAUUUUGCAAAACCUAGUCGGAAAAUCCUCUAAUAUCCUAUCGAAAUUACAGCGUCAAAGUUCUGAUUCUCUCUUUAAGCCAAUGACUGUUUUUCUUUGAAUAAAAAGAAC